AUGUCAUUUCGAACACCCCUCCUUAGAACAGCCUGCGCUAGGAGAGCAGGCCAAUCGGUCCAACUCAGAAGUCAAGUGGUGAGAAGGAGAUUCGCAUCGGGUGGCCCAGAGGUAUCCCCUCCUCCACCUCCACGAUCAUCCUCUGUACCAUACCUCCUCGCCGGUGUGGGUCUCGCCGCGGCAGGUGCAGCCUACCUGUUCUACGGGACUGACGGUACACCUAGAGAAACUGCCAAAGAACUUGAAUCAACAGCUAGAGGAGCUGCUGCUGCCGCCGAGGGUAAAUUGGGUUUGAGACAUAGUCAAAAGGAUUAUCAAAAGGUUUAUGAUAGGAUUGCGGAGACUUUGGAUAAAGAGGGUUAUGAUGACGGAUCCCUCGCUCCUGUUCUGAUCAGAUUAGCAUGGCAUUCAUCGGGAACAUACAACAAGGAGGACAAUACCGGUGGAUCCAACUAUGCCACUAUGAGAUUCAAACCUGAAGCUGAACACGGAGCCAACAACGGAUUGGGCGUUGCAAGAGAUCACAUGCAAAAGAUCAAAGAUGAAUUCCCAUGGAUAUCCUACGGUGAUCUAUGGACUCUCGGAGGAGUAGCUGCCGUUCAAGAAUCAGGUGGUCCCACCAUUCCUUGGAGACCUGGUAGAAUCGAUGGUUUCGAACAUAAUGUAACCCCCGAUGGUCGAUUACCUGAUGCUGCUCAGGCUCAAGAUCAUUUGAGGUUCAUUUUCUACAGAAUGGGCUUUAACGAUCAGGAGAUAGUCGCUCUUUCGGGUGCUCAUGCCAUGGGUAGAUGUCACACUGACCGAUCCGGUUUCGAAGGUCCAUGGACUUUCUCACCUGUCACCUUCUCAAACCAAUACUUCACUUUACUCGAAGAUGAACCUUGGCAAUGGAGAAAAUGGAAAGGUCCAGCUCAAUAUGAAGACAAGAAGACCAAAUCACUCAUGAUGCUUCCCACCGACAUGGCCCUCGUCAAGGACAAGUCAUUCAAGAAAUUUGUGGACAUCUAUGCCAGAGAUGAAGAUGCUUUCUUCAAGGACUUCUCCAAAGCUUUCGCUAAGCUCCUCGAACUUGGUGUUCCUACCGCUCAAUUCGCUGGUGAACCUUGGAAGAUGGGUAGCGAAUAA